AUGCUCACCAAAAACCUCGUUCUCCCCCUCGGCCUCCUCGCCACCGUCGCCCUCGCCAGCCCAACCCCCGACGUUGCUGCCCUGGACUCGGCCCCUGAAGUCAACACCACCGACGCCGACGCCCUGACCCUCACCAAGCGCGCCACCGGCGUCUGGCUGGACCUCUACGGCUCCGGCUCCUGCGCCGACAGCUGGCGCCCCGAGCCCCAAUCCGGCUGGGUCUGGAGCGGCCAAUGCAAGAACUUCGACGGGUUUACGUACGGUGCGCGCGCCGGCGCCGUUGACCAGUCGCCCGACGCGUGGUGGAACGACCAGUGCACCUUCAAGUUCUGGGAGGGCGCAGACUGCCAUGGCCAUGCGACCGUGCACCACCUGUCGGACUCGAUCAAGUGGAAGUCUGGGACGUUUGGCGCGCCCUACCCGACGUACGAGUGCAUUGCGACGUCGAACAAGGCGGACGGGACUUUCUACUUGGGCAACGGCGCUACUAGUGUGCUUAUGACUUGCUAG